UUCUAUUGCAAAUAUGCGCAUUUUACUCGUAGUGAAAAUAUACACGGUAAUCCAACCAUCUGCAAACACUCAGUAAUAAAAAAUCAAUAACGACCUUUGAUUUUUAUUUUAUAGCUGACAUCGUCAUUGAAACCAUCAAAUAAACUAGAAAUAGAUUGUAAACAUUUAAAAUAAAAAUAUAAAAAAGAUCGAAUUGAUUUUAUAUUAAAAAAAAGAACGACAUUUUUAUUUCAAGUCAAAUAUCAUACAGUUCUUUUAUGUCGAAGAAAAAAUUUUAGGCAAACAAUUGAAUUGUAUGUACUUCUAAAAUACGGUUACAUAAUGAACAACUCUACUCAACCUGUAUUUUAUGGAUGUCAAAUAGGAAAAAAUGUUCAAAGUAUUUUAGACGCUAUUAUUUUUUUAACACUUUCUUGCGCGUCGUUAUUGGGAAAUGUUAUGGUAUUUAUAUGUUACGCCAAGUUUCGUUAUCUCCGAACUGUUACAAACAUUUUUAUGAUAUCAAAUGCCGCAAGCGAUCUACUUGUUGCUAUGGUAUCUAUACCAUUUUCUUUUGGAAUAAUUGUUUGCCAAAAAUAUAUUGAUGUCGAAAACGUAAAUCUAACUAGAUUUAUUUAUUUUGCAGCUGAUAUGUUACCCAGCGUUUUGUCUAUUUACUCCCUUAUGUUAGUAGCAAUAGACCGAGCAAUAGCUAUUUACAAACCAUAUCUGCAUCAAGAUAAAGUUACAAAAAAUCGUGCUUGGAUGACAGUUGCUGUUAUGUGGAUACUAAUUAUAUGUUUUGUUGCAACAAAACUAGUAAUUCAAAAUGAGAGACUUUUUACUGUUGUUGUCAUAGUUGCAGCGUAUGCAACACCAGUGUCAGUAAUGGCUGUUUCUUAUGGAUUAAUUGGAUUUAUAGCUCGAAAACAUGCAAUUGAUUUACGCAAACUUGAUAAAUUAACUACAAGAUUGCAAAGUAGUGAAGCUAUAAAUUUGCAAAAAGAACCUGAUAUAACUGAUACAAAGUUAACAUCAGUUAAAACAUCUAGUCAAAAGUCAAGUUUAUAUCAAAACAAAACCAAGUCAAUAAAAUACAGUCUAUCACCAGUAAAACCAAUGUUGUUAUCGCCAAAACCCAGUUUGCUAUCAGUAAAUGGUGUUUUGUCAGCAACAAAACCGCAUAAUAGAUUAGGAAAAGUAAAGGUACCAUUUCGAGAACUUAAGGCUGCUUUAACUAUAUCUAUAAUAUUAUGUUGUUUUAUUGUAUGUUGGACCCCUUUUAUUGGCCUUAAUAUUCAGUAUACAAUAUACAGUUGCUGCAUCAACAAAAUUCUAAUAAAGUAUUUUAAAAUGUUGCAUUACAGCAGUUCCGCCAUCAACCCUUUGUUAUUUAUACUUUUAAACAAAAGGUGGAGAAGUGCUUUUAGAAAACUCACAUCAAACUUUCGUUCACAAAAAAAAUAUCACGCUCCAAAUGAGAUUUCGUGGACUGACGUUACUGGUUGGUAGUUUUUCUAUUAAAUACACGUCAUUAUUAGAAAAUAAAUAAACAUCUUUAUUAUAACGCAUCUUUGUUACAUUGCAUUUUUUAUCACGUAUUUUUGUUAUGCUGUAUUUUUAACUUUUUAAUGAAAUAUUACUAUGAUAACUUA